AUGCCCAACGAAGUCAAAGACAUCUACACCAAGGACGAAACCUCGGUCUACAUCUUUGAGCAAAAUGUCACCGUCACGCUCAAAGAUGGCUCCGGUUUAGUUCGCGCCAAUGUGUACCGACCGAAGACAACAGAAAAGGUCCCAGUUCUCGUCACCUACGGUCCCUACGGAAAGGACAUUCCCUACAAGGACUUCCAUCCGCAAAGUUUCAGUGAAGUCAACCCCGAGCAACGCUCUGAGCAUUCUGCUUGGGAGACUCCCGACCCUGCGUACUGGACUGCGCAGGGCUACGCAGUUGUGCGCGCCGAUGAGCGCGGUACAGGCCAGUCGAUGGGCAAGCUGGAUACCAUGUCACGCGGCACGAGCGAAGCGUUCUUCGAUGUUGUUGAAUGGGCUGCUGAACAGGAGUGGUCUUCUGGUAAAGUCGGACUCUUGGGAAUCAGUUACUAUGCUGGGAGUCAGUGGCGCGUUGCCGCGAGACAGCCCAAGGGUCUGGCUUGUAUAAUUCCAUGGGAGGGAAUGUCUGAUUACUACCGCGAUCGGUGCCGACAUGGUGGUAUUUUGUCGAACAAGUUUAUCAAGUUCUGGUGGGAUCGUCAGGUUGUGAGUAACCAGUAUGGAUUGGGUGGACGCGCGGCCAGGAACUGGGGUCCGGAUUCGAUUGAAGGCGAUCUGAGUGAGGAGGAACUCAUUGCCAAUCGUCAGGAUCAAACCGUUGAUAAUGUUGAGAACCGGUUCCGAGAUGAUGAGUACUAUGCUUCGAAGGAGUACAGUAUGUCGGAUAUCACCGUGCCCUUGCUGAGUGUUGCCAACUGGGGAGGAAUCCUCCUCCACCUUCGAGGCAAUGUCGAAGGAUGGACCCAAGCUGGAUCAGAGCUCAAGUACCUCCGUUUCAUCACCGGUCGCCACGACCUCCCAUUCUACUACUCCGAAGAGGUCGAGAUCCAGCGCAGCUUCCUCGAUGCCUUCCUGAAAGGCGAAGACCGCGCAGGCUGGUCAACAGGCAAGGCACCAAAAGUAGACAUUGUCCUCCGCAAAGGCGAUGUCGGUCACAACAAUGCAGCUGACGAGAAGACUUUCUCUCGCCGUAUUGAACACGAAUGGCCCAUCGCUCGCACACAGUACACAAGGUAUCACCUCACAUCAUCCCGAGAAUUGACGACCAAUGUACCAACCGAGCGACCGGUUAAAAUCACCUACGAUGCUCUCGGGGAUAUCGACCAUCCCCAACUCGUCCAAUUCACCACUCCGGCUUUUGAGAAAGAAACCGAAAUAACAGGCCACGUCGUCGCCCACCUGAACGUGUCAAUGAGUCCCCUCCCCGGCUCACCCACGCCGAAAGAUAUCGACCUCUUCCUCACACUACGCCACAUCGCACCCUCCGGGAAAGAAGUCUUCUACACCGGUACAGCUGGCGAUCCCGUUCCUCUAUGCAAGGGCUGGUUGCGUGUGUCCAUGCGCAAGACAAACCCGGAGCACCCGCGCCAUCGGCCUCAUCUCCCUCAUCGCGAUUAUCUCUCGACUGACGUGCUUCCUGUCAUUCCGGGCGAAAUCUAUCCUGUCGAUGUGGAGAUUUGGCCGACAAACGUCGUUGUUGAGAAGGGCGGGAAGAUUGUGUUGGAGGUUUCUAGUGGGGAUACCCAGGGAUGUGGACUUUUCCAGCACAAUUCGCCUGUUGAUCGGUCUGUUGAGCGGUUUCAAGGUCAAAACCAUAUCCAUUUUGGGCUUGGGGAGAACUAUGUUACGCUGCCGAUUAUUCCGUAG